CCUCCUACGGGGGGAGGCAGCAUUAUACACCAGCGCGCGCGCACACACUCAAUCACACACACGCGCGCGCGCACACGAACACACUCUCUUCCAGCGCUUCAGAUCUGUCUGUGCUCGCGGCUCGUGCUGGGGUUUUGUGUGCAGCCGGGUCCAGCUGAGCGGAGUGUGUGAUAGAGGAGUACCAGUCACAAACACACACACACACACACACCGAGCGCGCGCGUGUAGCGGAGCCGAAGACACAGAGCACGAGGUGCGCGCGCGCUGCCCUCGUCUUUCUCGCGCCUGUGGAUGGACGGCUGAGCGCUCGGUGAUGCCCAUUUAUAUCAUCGACCGCAAAUUUCCAGAGACCCCUGGUGAGUUGCUACAGGCUGCUCCAGAAGGACAGCGCGCCAUGGCCGACAACAACACGCAGAAGAAGAAGUCUCGCUGGACGUCGCUGGAGAUCGGCCUCCUGACCAUCGUCUCCCUGCUCUUCGUCGUGGUGGUGGCCCUCAUCAUCCUCUUCGCUACGCAGAGCGAUGGGGUUUGCACUACAGCUGACUGCACAAAGUCAGCCUCCCGUCUCAUUGAGAACAUGGACCCUUCAGUCGACCCAUGCGACAACUUCUACCAGUAUGCCUGUGGAGGCUGGCUGAAGAAGAACAUCAUCCCCGAGACUAGUUCACGCUACAGCACCUUCGACAUCCUCCGAGACGAACUUGAGGUGGUGCUCAAAGGAGUGCUGGAAAGAGAGGAUGCUGGGAGCGGUGCUGGGAGCAGCUCUUUAGCCAAAGCCAAGACCCUCUACAGGUCCUGCACUAAUGAAAGUCUCAUUGAGCAGAGAGGUGGAACGCCUCUGCUCACAAUGCUGCCAGAUGUCUUCGAGUGGCCCUUAGCAACGGAUGACUGGGACACCACAUUCGGAACAUCCUGGACAGUGGAGAGCUCUAUAGCCAGGCUGAAUGAGAAAUAUGGAAAGCAAGUGCUGAUCAGCUUUUUCAUCGGCACAGAUGACAGAGACUCCAAUGCCCAUAUCAUUCAUUUCGACCAGCCAAGUCUCGGCCUGCCCUCCAGAGACUACUACAUCUGCACUGGACCCUACGAGGAGGCCUGUGUCACUUACGAGAACUUCAUGGUUGAUCUGGCCAUUCUGGUCCGAAAAGACAAGAAUCUGGAUGCGAAUGAAACCACUAUUAGGCAGGAGGUGACCAGAGUGAUGUUGCUGGAGAAAGAGCUGGCUAACGCAACAGACACACCAGAAGAUAGAAACAAUCCUGUUCUGCUCUACAACAAGAUGCCCCUGGAGACCCUCAACACCAACUUCACGCUGGAGUUCGAGUCUACAGUUUUCAACUGGACACUCUUCACCAAUAAGAUCAUGGAUACGGUCAGCAUUCCGAUUACAGACAGCGAGCAGGUGAUCGUUUACGCCCCUAACUAUCUGAGACGCCUCAACCAAGUCCUGGCCAAGUACACAAAGAGAGAUAUCCAGAACUACAUGGUGUGGCGAUAUGCCAUGAACAUGGUUGUUGGCUUGAGCAGAUCGUACAGAGACACCAGGAAAGCUUUUAGAAAGGCCAUCUCUGGGACCACGUCUGAGGCAGCAGUGUGGAGACAGUGUGCCAUCUACGUCAACAACAAUAUGGAGAAUGCUGUGGGCAGACUGUAUGUAGAUGAGGCCUUCGCUGGAGAUAGCAAAGACAUGAUGGAUGAGAUGAUCGUCAACAUCAGAGAGGUGUUCGUAAGCAACCUUAAUGACCUCACCUGGAUGGACCUAGACACCAGUAAAGCAGCUGAGGAGAAGGCACGAGCCAUUCGAGAGAGAAUUGGCUUCUCUGAAAACAUCAUGAAUGACACGUACCUGGACGAGGAAUAUAAAGAACUCAGCUACAGUUCAGACGAAUACUUUGAAAACAUCCUGAAGAAUCUGGAGUUUGGUCAGAAGAAACGGCUGAAGAGGCUGAGGGUGAAAGUGAAUAAAGAAGAGUGGAUCUCGGGGGCAGCAGUGGUCAAUGCAUUCUAUUCGUCCAGCAGAAACCAAAUAGUAUUCCCAGCCGGCAUUCUUCAGCCUCCGUUCUUUGGUAAAGGCCAGCCGUGGUCACUCAACUAUGGUGGCAUUGGCAUGGUGAUUGGUCAUGAGAUCACCCACGGCUUUGACGACAAUGGGCGCAACUUUGAUAAGGAUGGAGAUCUGAAGGACUGGUGGACACCGUCCUCCACACAGAAGUUCCAGGAGCUCUCCAAAUGUAUCGUGGACCAGUACAGCAGCUUCUCCUGGGAUCUGGCAAAUGGACAGAAUCUGAAUGGGAAUAACACGCUUGGAGAGAAUAUUGCGGACAACGGGGGCAUUCGGCAAUCUUAUCAAGCAUACCAGAACUAUGUCAAGAAGCAUGGGAAAGAAGCUCCUUUGCCUGGACUUGAUCUAAACCAUGAGCAGCUUUUCUUCCUGAAUUUUGCUCAGAUUUGGUGUGGAACACACAGACCGGAACAUGCUGUUAAUUCCAUCAAAACUGAUGUACACAGUCCAGGGAAGUUUAGGGUUCUUGGAUCUUUGCAGAAUUUCCCAGAGUUUGCCAAAGCUUUCCAGUGCCAGAGAAACGACUACAUGGUGCCUGAAAAGACUUGCCGGGUGUGGUGAUCACCGCCCGUGUGGAGAGAACAGGAAGAUUGUGUUCAGAGAGCCCUCUCUUCUCUCUUCUGACUGUGGGACCACCGUGGUCCAGGCUGGAAAUGUUCUCUGGUGUUCUUCACAGGGUACAUACGAUUCAACUUCACCAGUGCACUUCAAUCAUGUAUAUAUGGGACGCAGUCUUAGUCCACUCCUACAUGUCAGUCUGAUUAGUUGAUUUUAGUCCGUCAGGUCAUCACAUGAUCUGUGGUUUUUGCUGUUUAUAUAAUGGUGAUGUUCUACCAGACCUAAAGGCAAUCAGUGUAAAGGGUUUUUUUUUGUUCGGUUUAAAUCUGUUCAUGUCAAUAUCAAGUCAAACUGUGAAUCGGGGAGAUCAGUAGCAUUUUCUAUGGUAAAUAUUUAUCUCGAGAAUCAAUAUUUACAUAUAGCAACUUUAUUUAUCGUUGAUCAGCUGAUUUAGUAUUAGACCUCUCUGUCCCAUACAAUAUUUUGCAUACAUGCCAAAAAAUAUAACAUCACGGGCCUCAAGGAAGAUAAUACAAAUGAUGAAGACGAGUACAUUUAGUAUAGCACAUUCAGAUUAUUAUAAUUCAGUAGGCUAAAUAUGCGAUAGGUUUCAAAUAACCUAACUUCACACGUCUUCUGUUUUAAAUGUUCUGGUUUUUUUUUUAAACAUUAGAUGGAUAAUGAUGCAAGCAUACCAAUCAGCCAUAAUAUUAGUACCACCUCUUAGUUUCCUCAUCGAUUAUACAUUUUAUCAACUGCACAGAUCAUAUAGGAGCACUCUGUAGUUCUGUAAUUAUAGACUGUAUUAUUAUCCUCACUUUAUUCUAUUCUUCAGUGGCUAGGACCCCACAGGAGAGACCACCACAGAGCAGCUAUUAUUGGGGUGACAAGUACUCAUUUUGUAUGAUACCAAGUUCUAAGCUACGCAUAUCAUUUCAUCUCGCAUUUUCCUUGCUUAUCAACGCUGGUUUAUGGUCGGUUAGCAUGAAUGCUAAUCCAGCAAGCUAUCUAUCGAGCCAUCAGCUGCUUUCAUCCACGCUUCGUUUUCCUCCAAACUGUCAACACAGCGAUGCCUCGCUGAAGACUCCCAGGCACUCUCUCUCUCUCUCUCUCUCUCUCUCUCUUUCUCUCUCUCUCUUUCUCUUUCUCUCUCUCUCUCUCUCUCUCUCUCUCUCUCUCUCUCACACACACACACAGCUAAAGGCACGUUUCUGCAGUUACACUAGCGUUUAUUUGCUUCAUUAAAGCUCCCAGUUAAACUCAGUAACUCAGCACAUUACAAUAUUCUCAUUAAAAAAAAAAGCAUCUAACUGCCCUGCCCUAUUAUAAUACAGUAAAAAAAAACAAUGGAUUCUGCCAGACCUAAACCACACCACACUAUUAUUACUGUCCUCUCACAAUAAUGCAGGGAAAUACCUGCAUUAAAUAUAAUGAAUCAUGAUUUUAACUAUGAUUAAUGAUUAAUCACAGAAUAUUGUGAUUGCGAUUAAUACAUUUUUUUUUUUGUGAUUGACACCACUAAUAUUAAUAUAAUUUCAUUUUGCCAACCUAUCACUGAUUCUUAAUUUACAUUUAGAUGGUCAUUAUUAAAAGCUUAAGAAAAUGUGGUAGGUCACUUGGUUCACACCUAAUGUUUGUUCGUUUCAAAUAAAUACAAAAAUGUAUAUUUAUAUAUAAGUUAUAUAAGUAUAUAGUUUACAUUAUAAUAUUGAGUAACCAGUUGUUAUUCUUAUUAUAAUAUAUAUACUACUUGUUAUACUUAUUAAAAUUUUGUUUUGUUAUCGUUGGGGGAGUGUGGAGGGGUUGGGGCUGCUGUGUACUUAUAAAAAAAAAUCAAGGUUGGUACGUCUGCACUGGCAUGGUGGUGAUUAGUAUGUAGGGUGUUAGAAUGUGAGUGCGUGUAGUUCUGGAAUAAUUGGAUCUGACACAGCAGUGCUGCUGGUGUUUUUAAACGCUGUGUCCUCUGACUGUCCUCCUCUCUUUAUUAGACCCUCACACCUAGUUAUUCCACCUUGCAGAUGUAAAGCCAACAGUGUUACUGAGGUGUUUAAGAACUCCAGCCGCACUGCCGUGUCUGAUCCACUCAUACCACCUCAACACACACAACUAACACACUAACCACCACCAUGCUACAGUGCUGAGUGCUGAGAAUGAAUCACCAUCCAAAUAUUAGCUGCUUUAUUGAAGUACAGGCUGAAAGGGGGAUAAUAAUAAAGUUUGCAGAGAAACAGAUACAGGAAUGCAGUCUGUAACUAUGGAACUACGAAGUGCACCAACUUUGUAAAAUUCAAAACAAUAACAAGGGAAACGUGAAGAAAAAGUUUAAUUACUAGGAAGUGCAGCUCAUAAAACAGAGAGGUGGUUUUAAUGAAGUGGCCAGUACAUGUAAACAGUAUAAGCAUACUGUAAAGCGUAAGAAGCCCUUCAGAUCUGUAACCAUAUUACUCGCCAAAUCGCCAGCUUUAUGGAUUGAUCCAUCAACUGAUUCACACACGUUAAGUGUUUAGUGGUUUAUGUACAUUGCACAGAAUAUGAUAUUUCUUCAAACUGCAUAUUUUUCAAGAAUAAUUGAGUUGAAGAUGAAAGGAUAUUAAUAUGCCAAGGUGUAUAGGUAUACGCACAGUGUGAGUGAGAUGUGUGUGUGUGUGUGUGUGUGUGAGGUAUCUUACUUUAAGCCGUAUGGUGGCCUUGAAGUAUGAAGGUGUGAGUGUGUGCGAGCAUGUGAUAAAUGGUUCUUCUACCUAUUGAACAUCAAAGCGAGAAUGCCUUAAGAUAAUCCAGUGCUUUCGCCACAAUGGUCUGUUUCGAAAGUGCAAAGCUUCAGUGCAUACGUUCAGCUUAACUCAACAUAAACGACUGUCAUUCAUGCCAAAGACGCUAACGAUCAACCCUGUGGGAUUUCAGUUGCAGUGAGUCUGAUGCUACUUUCCCAACCACUGUCAAAAACAGCCUCAUCUUCUCUACAGUGCAGAUAGCAACGGGGUCAUUCUACCAUUGUGGUAGCAAGCAGGAUAUGAGUGUGAAUAGAGUAUGUGACUCAUUUAGACUAUCUUUAUAUCUAAAAAAAAAAAGGAAUAUUCAGUACCAGUCAAAAGUCUGGACACACCCUUAAAAUUGAGUGUUUUCUCAUUAGUUUACAAUGUUAUGUAUUGUAGAUUAAUGCUAAUGUCAUCCAAACUAUGACAGAAAACAUAUGGAAUUAUUAAAUAAACAGAAAUGUGUUAAACAAAACAGAAUAUGUUUUAUGUUUAACGUUCUUUAAAGUAGCACCUCUUUUCAUCUUGUUUUUUUCUCAGUCAGCUUUAUAACUUAGUCACCUGAAAGGGAUUUCAGUUAACAGCUGUGCUGAACCUAUCAAGAGUUAAUGACUUAAAUUUGUUGCCUCUUAAAGUGUUUUAUUUGAAAGCAUCAUUAAUGGUUAACAUUUGAGAGCAUCAGUUGUAAAGUUGUGAAGUGGUAGAGUUGGUAUACAGUAAAAAGCAUUUUACUCAACUAAGUAAAGCAAAAAAAAAAAAAAAAA